CGUGAUAUAUAUUUGGAGGAAUUCGUGUUGAUUUGGACUGUCGUGUCUGUCGUGAUGUCCUUGUCCUGGAGAGGUUAUCGCUCCUGUACCAUUAUCAGGGCUGGUUGCUGUGAAAGUAUUGGCAUGGCGAGCCCAAGCAGCGUUGUGAUGGACGGGGAUUUUAUGAGACAUGCGGAAUAUACACAAUCAAACAGAACGAGUGAUAUAGAUAUCGACAAACGUCUUUGUGGCACUCUGAUGGCAGUGGGGCUGGGAGUUGCAGCUGCAGGGUUUGCAGGUCGGUAUGCUUUCCAUUUAUGGAGACCUCUGGGUCAGAUUAUUACUGAAGCCGCAAAGAAAGUGCCCUCUGCGACAUUCUCUACGUACUACAAAGGUGGAUUUGAGCGGAAGAUGUCCAGACGAGAAGCCAGUCUUAUCCUUGGGCUCAGUCCAAAUACCACAAAGGCAAAGGAAGGAGAAGCCCACAGGAGGAUCAUGGUCCUAAAUCACCCUGAUAAAGGUGGAUCACCGUAUUUGGCAGCAAAGAUCAAUGAAGCAAAAGAUAUGCUUGACUCUGGCCCUCGGCGUUGACUCAUCUGCCUUUAUUUACCCAGUGUUACAUCUGCUUCAGUGCUACAAACACACCUUUAAGCCUCUGCAAGACAUUGUUCCAUGUUUGUCUGCUGUUAAUCACCUAACUGUCAACACUUUUCAGCUCAGAUCGAUCUGUCACUGAUUUUAACACAACUUUAAUGCAGCUGGGUAAAGGUUAACCCUUUUGUUAAAGGAUCUUUACACUGUAAAAAAACUGUGUAUUUUUUUUAAUAUUUUUAUUUAUUAAUUGAGUUAACUCGGGUAAUGUUAAAUGGCUAUGUAAAAUGUCCAGCAGUGUAAAGAAACAAUAUGUUUCCCAUAAUGCAUAGGGACCAGGCCAUCAAAAUGUUAGUUUAGUUUGCUAAAUAAACUGUUUUACACGA